UAAGUACAUACUCUUGAUUUCUACAUCGUUUCCGUUUGUUAGGUAGCAUAAAAUUUCUAUACGCAGAAUAGACUAUAGAUAUAUUCUGGGUAAUGGGUUGAACUGAGAUGUCUUAAAAUAUUUAUAAGUAUUUUUAGGUGUCUUAUAAUGUCUCGAUAUGUUAGUGUUCUGUGAUGUCUAGCACAUUUUCCUCAUAAUAAGAUAUUAUUUGAUCACUGUAUUUGAAGAAAUGAUAGUUCAAACUACCAACAAUUAGUUCAGUUGUUAGUUCAAUUUUCAACUGUCAUUAUUCACUGAAAUUGGAGUGUGUGAUAUUAGGUCUAUGGUCUAGUGUCUAUCAUUUGAGUUGAGUCAGGAUUUCUGUGGAAAUAUAUACGCAUUUAUACUGUGUUUAUACUCUGAUGGGUUAUCCCAGACCCCCACCCCCCAUUCAAACGAUUUCUCCAAACAAGUUCCGUUUAAGAAAUUUCUUUUAUCAGUAUACAUUCAUAGCCGGUCGAGUUUGCUUCGUGUCUCUAUUGAAGUUACAAUAAAUUAACCUAUCAUGGGUUCGUGGCCAGAUGAUGUUGGAAUUAUUGCAAUAGAAUUAACUAUACCUUCUCUCUAUGUUGAUCAAGAGGAAUUAGAAAAGUACGAUGGAGUGUCUUCUGGAAAAUAUACAGUAGGAUUAGGACAAAAGGCUAUGGGAAUUUGUACAGACAGGGAAGAUAUUAACUCAUUAUGCCUUACAGUUGUUCAUAACUUACUGGAAAAAAAUCAUAUCGAUUAUUCAGAAAUAGGGAGGUUAGAAGUUGGUACUGAAACAAUAAUUGAUAAAUCUAAAAGUGUGAAAAGUGUGUUAAUGCAGUUAUUUGAACCACAUGGUGUGACAGAUAUAGAAGGUAUUGAUACAACAAAUGCUUGUUUUGGUGGAACUGCAGCAUUGUUCAAUGCUAUUUCAUGGGUGGAAUCUUCUGCUUGGAAUGGAAAAUAUGCUCUGGUUGUUGCUGCUGACAUAGCUGUUUAUGCUAAAGGGGCAGCAAGACCAACUGGAGGUGCUGGAGCUGUUGCCAUGCUAAUUGGUCCUAAUGCACCAUUAGUUUUUGAUAGAGGAUUAAGAGCAGUCCACAUGAGACAUGUUUAUGAUUUUUAUAAACCAGAUUUAUCCUCAGAAUAUCCAGCAGUAGACAGUAAGUUAUCAAUUCAAUGUUACUUGAGUGCUUUAGAUAAAUGCUAUCAAUCUUACUGUGAGAAAGCAUCUAAAGUCUUUGGGCAGAAAAUUGAUCUUUCAUUUUUUGAUGCUAUUUUAUUCCACACUCCAUACUGUAAACUUGUACAAAAAUCUCUUGCACGCCUUCAUUUGAACGAUUUUUAUUUGGCAACUCCAGAACAUAAAGUAAAGAAAUAUGCAGAAUUGAAAAAUUUGGAAAAUAUUGUGUUGGAAGAGACUUAUUUUGAUAAAGAAGUAGAAAAAGCAGCAUUGAAUAGCAGUACAGAGUUAUUCUCAACAAAAACUUCCCCUUCUUUAUUAGUAGCGUCUCAAGUUGGGAAUAUGUACACUUCCUCGCUAUAUGGUGGAUUAGUGUCUCUUUUGAUAUCAAAAAAACCAUCUGAACUGGCUGGUAACAGAGUAGGAUUGUUUUCUUAUGGAUCAGGGCUGGCUUCGUCAUUUUACUCACUUAAAAUAUCAGAAGAUGCAAAUAAAUUUUCUGCGUUACACAAACUGAUAUCAGGUUUGAAUUCUGUUUCAACAAGUUUGAGUCACAGACGAAAAAUUGAACCAGAGGUAUUUGAGAAGUUUAUGGAUAUCAGACAAAAAAGUAAUCAUUCAGCUCCUUAUGAACCGAUAGGAUCUAUAGAAAGCUUUUUCCCUGGAACUUACUAUUUAACAAAUAUAGAUGAAAAAUAUAGAAGGUUUUAUGAUCGUGUUUCAAAUGCAAUGAAUGGUCAUGCACAUUGAUUUUGUGAUAGAAAAUAUUAUAGUAAUGGAGUUGGAUGUAAACAAUAGUAUUUUUUUCAUAAAAUGGAGUUAGGGGAUUUGAUUCAAGACUUCGUUUGAGGUAUACUAAAUUUUUAUUGUGGUAUUGCAGUAUUUUACAGUAUAAGAAAAACAUUUUCCUACCAUCUGAUCAAAUUUACAAUCUUCAUUGUACAUCCACAGUUAAGUAUAGAUCUAUCUUGAGAAAUGAUAACUAAUUGCUAGUAAGACGAAAAUUUUCCCAAAUUUUAAAUUAUUUUAUUGAAUUUUUCUAUCAUAAAUCAUAUGAACAUUUCUCAAUAACAUUUAUUACAUUGACAAUAUCGAAUUGUGUGUUUUGAUAUUAUUGUAGAAAUAUAAAAGACCACCAAAUAAAUGUAUAACUAAAGUGAAUGUCUGAAUUAUUUUUUACCUAAAAUUGAAACAUAUAGGAUGCUUAUUAAAAUUCAAACCUAGUGUUGGUUACCUGAAAUAGGCCUGAAAGAAGCAAUGGAUGCUUUGGCUAACGUUAAGCCAACAAUUGUUAUCGCAGUAGGCAUCCCAAAUGAAUCUGAAAAAUUGGUUUAGAAUUUAUAAUAAUGAAAAUAAAUCUCUUCAUUAGGUAGCUCAUAAUCGCAUUUUUGUUAAGUAAAAAUUUGGUUAUAAUAUGAAAAAUUAUUGCAAUAACUUCUGAUUUGUUGGAAUUAGAAAUUUAUAUUGUGAUUUUUAGAAUGAUAAUUGUCAUACAUCAAACAAUUUUAUUUGAAAUAUGUCAAUUUGUUGUAUCUGUAUCAAUUCAUCACAAAGAGUUAAAGCCAGGGUAAAAUAUUUUUAUGAAUAAUAUUGUAAUGAUAGUUUCAAGUCAAUGUUCAUAGUUAUUGUUAUUAUAUUUUAAAUCAGUUUAUGGGUUAUAACGGUUUUUGCUCUGAUUAAUUGAACUGUUGAAUCAGUAUUGUUAUUACAGUAUUUGGAGCAUUGAUUGUUAUCUUCAUUUUCUCUUUUUUUUAUGCAGUCUUUGUUAAUUACUUCUGAUUAUAUAAUUUCCAGUUAUUUUUCUCUUAUGUAUGAAACAUAACAGUUGAAAGUGUGGAAAAAUAUAUUUCUAAUUAAAUUACAUGAGUUUCAUGUCAUUCUAAGUUUAUGUUUAAAAAAUAAAACUUAUACAAUCAGGGGGCAUUGAAAUGUUAUAUGCAAUGUGAUGAAGAAGUACACCAUUUUAUUUGUUGUUAUAUGAUAAUGAAUGAAUGUUUCACACCCAAGUGCCUUUAUAAUUAAGUGGAAUUCAGUGUUUUAUUUAUAUAUCAGUGUCUUCAUUUCAUGUUGAUUUAUUUAUUAUUCAAUAAAUUAUUUAAUUGA